AGUCAAUGUCUCAUUUGAAAGUUCGUUUAAUUUCAAUUUUACGGGUGCACAGACUGUGCAUUAGAUAUAGUUUUUCAAUAGAUAAUUAACUCGUGUUUAAGUUUUGGACGGCGGAUAUAUUCCUAUAACUACAGAAUUAAAACAACAAUCUGAGGAAAUAUAUCUGUAUAGAACAUGUUUCCACCACAUAUUGGUGCCCCUGGACUUUGUGAUGUUCAAGGCGUUAGGUUACAAGCUGAAUACAGAAGACCCUUACCUGCACCACAGCCGACACGCCACCCACUUCCGGCACACACAAGGACUUCUGAUGUUCGCCCAGGUCUGAUGAACUUUCCUUUGAAUGCAGUAAAUACUGGAUUUCAUCCACUUCCUGUUUUGUCACUACCGUCCGUUCAAAAUCCCGCCUCUGCAGUGGCAAUACCCACACCACUUUUACCAGACCCAACUAUGCCUUUUGGACCCUUCAGCUUUGGAAGCCAAGCACAAGAACUGCAGAACCUAAAUCUCAUACAUUCCCUCAGCCGAGCGAAUUCAGGAGCCGUGGAGACGCAGAAAUUGAAAACACCGAUUAAUAGGAAUUACUUAGAACUUGCAAUGCUCGUCUGCAACACUUUUCGCGGGAAAUUGUUCCCAUGUCCUCAUUGUCGCUAUGUCACGGAUCGCAGAAACAACUUGAAACGUCAUAUUUCUACAAUGCACCAGACUUGCGAUAAACUUCUUGAAUGCUGUGGUGUUAGUUUUAGUACCAAAGCCUCUCUUAGGGAACAUAUUAUGAUUUUUCACCAUAAUGGAUACUCUUGUCCAUACUGCGGCAGACGAUUCUGCCGGAAGGCGUUAUUGAAGCGCCAUCUAUCGGUGCACAGCGGUCAGAAAGACUACACUUGUCCUAGUUGCGACUAUGCAACCAGUCACAAAAGCAACCUUGAGCGCCAUAAACGUAUACAUGAAAGACUAAAGCUUGGAGAAGAAGGGUCUAUUUUUGGCUGCACAGAUUUUUCCAGCCAUCAGACGCAAAGUCCAGACACGACCGACAACUCUUUUAGCGAAGCUGACUCGAAGGCCGACAACUGCGUUGAUCUUGACACUUCGGAUGAGUGUUCAUCCGAUAUCGACGUCACGGAGGAUAGUUUUGAUGAAGAAAACAAACUUUCUAACUAUCCAGUUUACAUACCAAGGCCAACGUCUUGCGAUACAGAUACGAAUGGGCUGUAUAAAAGAAACAUUCCCUAUGGUGAAAAUAGUGAUAAAAAUCAAGAGCCAAUUAAACAAAGUGUUGAUUUAUGUCGAAAACACGACGCAACUAGAAGAAAAAUAGAAACAGUUACAAAAACGUAUCUAGAUCAAAACUCAUGUGAACCUUUAGAUUUACAGGUUACUUCAAACGUGCAUUAAUUAAUACUAAUUAAUAAUGAUGUAUUAUUUAUAAUGUAGGUAUUUUCUUGUUCGUUCAAUAAUUCUCAAAAUGUAGCAAGUGUGUUCUGAAAGCAUUAAUGCCUUAUACCACUUGGUGUGCACGGGUUUUUCGUCAGUUUUUUUUUCCGAAAGGGAAUUUAGAUUUAGACCUUAAACGUUAGCUGUAACUUCCUCUGUAUGAAAUUUAUAUUGCUGAAACUUUACUAGGUUUUAACGUUAUCAUCUGGCAUAUUCAUGCCAAGUUUCAUUAUAAUAUGUACGUCAAGAAUUCCAAAUAUAUGGCAAAAAGACGUUUAAGCAUUCCUAAGAUUCAGACUAAAACGUUGAAAAAUACGGGCCCUUAAGUCAAAAAUGUUAUUUUUUUUUAUAAUAGAGUGUGUAAGAACAUUCUUACAAAGGCUGUGCAAAAGCUGUUUGUUGAUGCAAUACGGAUCUAGUAGAAAUAGCUGUCUGUAGUUUUCAUACUUUUUUAAAGAUUUCUUUCUGAAGUAGAAGUAUGUGUUAGUUACAAAGACCUGUUUUGACAAUUUGUAUAAAUGUAAAAUUCUUAAUAAAUGUUAUUGAGCGUUAAUUUAAAGUUGGUGAAUCACAUUUAAGUAACAUUUUAUGGCAUGCUUCCGUCUUUUAAAGAUUUAUUUAAAGGUCCAUAAUGCUUAAAUUUUAUAUCUUAAAAAACCCCAGAUGAAACAGCUUUUCAAAUAGAUGUUAUGCGUAGUUACAUGGUUAGAAAAGCACUACUUUUAAUAUUGCACAUGAACUGUUAUUGUUAGAACCAUAAAGGGAGAUAAUAAAAGACGAUAUAUUCAUAAAACAUUCUAGUAUAUUUAGCAGUCGUCAAACCUUUGACAAAUUUAAAUGAAAUUAAUUAUCAGAAGUAGGAUUUAACAAGAAAUUAAUGUAUUUUAUGUUCAUAACGGAAAAUGUGGCAGCCGAAUUUUAAAGAAAAGGCAUUAUGAA